AUGACAUCGUCCAUCCAGGAGCCUGACGUGCGCACCAUCGUGGCAAUCGCGGAGUGCGUGCAUGCGUUGCGACAGAUCGAGGUGAAGUCCUGCGCUGGGCUUCACGUUCCCAUAGACAACGGCAAGGCACCUCCGCCUUCCUCCGGCACAAGGCGCGUCGACGUCUCGCAGAAGAAACACGCGCCUCACAGACAAGGCGACCCGCUGUCCACUUCUAGGCACGAGGCCGACCGCCCAUCUCACGGUGCUUUACCGUCUACCUCCCCAGCACCCGCGUCGACGUGUUCCUCGUGGCAAACGGUUGAAAAGGAUACGUACCGUUCUCCUCCGCAGCGACAGGGAAAAGAGUUAGCUGGGCACACGGGACCGCUUCCCCAUCCACGAGUGGUGCAGCAUCAAAAGGGGGUAGCGGAAAAAGAGGAAGGGAGGGAGGACGAUGAUCUGUUUAGUAUCGAAGUAAGUAGUCUGCGCUAUUCGUGGCUGCACGACAACCCUCGCCAUGCAGCGCGGAGAGAUCGCUGCGACAGCAACAAUGACGCGUCUCGGCUGAAGCAAGAGCCCUCGCUGAAGAGUGGAGAUGAUUCCAAGAUGCGCGGAGAGCGAUACAGCGAAGUGUGGACCCGGCAGCUGAAUAGUGCGCCCCUUUCCACCCCCGUAGCACCGUCAGACCACGUUCUUACUCUUCGCCAUUAUAGUCGGGACAGUGAUGGCAGUGGAGAUCGCGAAAGCGCACGGAACAACCGUGGCGCUCAUCACCCCUCUUCCGCCUGCGCAUCGAUUAACCUCUCCGCGGUACAGCCACCGAGCGUCACCACAUCCGCUCGCACAGAGUCGCACCACAUAGGUCAUUCAUUACGUGCAAACGAUCCAGCUGCGUCGUCAUCGCGAGUUUCUUCUUCCUCAUUACGUCCUGUUGGCCCGCCGCAGCGUUUCCAGCGUGAGGGGCACGUAAAUCUACGAUUAUUGCGCGAACCUGGGCCAGCCGACACGGCGACGGCAGAGGCUGGAGCGGGUAUUCUUCCUCGUUCGCAACUGGCACCGCAAGAGCAGGGAAGCAUCUCGAGUGCGCGCAGCAUGAGCGGCGACAGCGAUUUCUCAGAGGUCGGCGCACGGCAGCGCAGCGCAGCAGCAGCAUCAAUCGCGUCUGUUCGGUCGACGUCCCCAAUUACGGUUACGGCUGCGGCUGCGGCACGCGGAGAGGGUAGUGUGGCUUCCCAUGGCACGGGCGUUUCUCGCGUUUCCAUUCGAUCGGCAGCGGAUUCUCUGUCGAAUCAAAACUCACCGGCUCCCUCUGCUCCAUCAAUGCCGCACGCUACUUCUCGCCUUCUCACUCACGCGGUUCACAGCGAUAGCCAAAAAAGCAGUCGAUGUAGCAGCAGGAGCAGCAGGAACGGGAACAGCAUGCGCCGCGAUCAUCAUGAACACCAAAGCGGUCAGCGAGCGCUGACUCUUCCGGCUCAUGCGCUUUUUUCCACCGCGGCCACACGCGCUUCGCAGGCAGCGGUGCAGUACGUCUUGGACAUCCAACGCCGCCUCUCGCCGGACACGUACGAGCAUGACUGGCAAGUGCAAGCGCCCCGUCGCACCUUCACGACGUCGGACAGUCGCCAGCGUCAGAAAGGCCAACGUGUUCAUGAUACGAGCGACAACUCGGCUGCCGCUCCUCCCCUCUCUCCGGAUGCUGCCGAGGAAAGAAGUACGUAUGCCUGUGUCCCUCUAUCGCACUUGAACCGCACGCCGCACCUCGAACGUUACACGACUGCUGCAGGGGCUAGGUGUGGCACGGCUGACCCCACACAUCGCGAUCCCUAUCGUUCUUCUCGUUCUUCUCCACUCACCAGCCGUCCUCCGCCACGUCUCGCCUCGCCUCCCAAAUGGCCGCGUCUGACACUUGACCUUUCUCAUUCUCUUGCUCCGCCUCUGCCGGCGCCGCCACCAGGACAGAACAACGAGGAGCCUGAUGCGUCGACGGAGAUUCUACGUGCGGCGGUGCAUCGGAUGCAGCAGGCCAGCAGCAGCGCCGCCGUGGACCACAGCGCCGUGUCCACUCCCGGCUCAUCUUCCGCUGGAGAUCGCUACGCGCUGCUGGUGGAGUCGGCGCGUCUCUUGAGCUCGUCGGUGCUCGUCUUCACUGCCUUUGCGCCGGGAGACCGGCAGCUCGCCCAUUCUGCGGCCCGGUCAGCGAGUGCGGCGGAUGCGGGCACCCCACCUCAGUCUCGGAGCCAGCCGCGCCGUGCACUACCGCUGUCUCGUGAUGAAGCACUUUCGUACUGGUCGGUGAGAGACCGCUACACCGCCUCAGCCGAGCAAGCAACGCUUCUUUCUUCGCAGACGGAGUCGUCUGCACGGCGGCGGGGUGAUCGUGAGGUGAGCGCGUCGCAGGGUCGCCCGCGGCGCAGCUUGGAGGGCGGAGCAGGGGACGCCGAGCGAGAAAUGUCACUGCGGGAGCCAUCUCCUGUUAGCGACGGCCAUCGAAGUGCAUCGUGUCAGAGUCACUGCAGUGGUGUUGCGCGGGAGGCCGCCCCUAUCCAAUUCGCGCCCUUGUCCGCCACCCAGCUGUUGUAUCGCGACAACGUCCGACCGGAGAGGAGAGAAACGGUCGACGCGCACGAGGAUCCACCCGCCUCGCGUGCACCUCGGCGCUACUACAAGUACAUGUCUCCGGUCAGGCCGACACAGCAGACAAACGGCCAAAGGGAUCUGCUGCGCGCAGGGCUAGAAAGUCCGUGUCUUACCUCGCUUCUGCUUUCCCCACUGUCGCCUCCGUCGUUGGCGAGCCCCCAGAAUCGCAGUCCAAGAGCGCGUGAGGCCACUUCACAAGAACGUCACUGUGGUGAGCCACAAACUGCAGAAAGCGACGUGGAUUCAAUCCUUCAGCAUUCAAAGGUUAUGAGGUCGAAGCAGCCAAACACACCCGGGCUCUCCCCUUGUUUCGGUACAGCGGAGUGCGUUGCGGAGCCGAGGAGGCUGAAAGAGGCAAGGAUGGCGCUUGAGAGAUCCUCCAGCGGCGACGCCACGACCACAACACUUCCUCUCUUUGAUAAAGAUGUGAAGCAAGAAGGCGCAGCAGCGUUGACGUCUUCCGAAGAGGGUCAACACUCGGGCAGUAACCACAGCAAGUCGGCUUUGCGCUCCCGUGACGGGGUGAGAGAGGAAGAAGGGGAGGAGUACGACGAGCAACAAGCUGAUGCACACAGCAGGAGUCCAAGCGAUGCGUUCAGCGAGCAGACCGACGAGGCGGAGCGAAGUCCACCGCGAGCGAGAGGACUCAACGGGCAACGCCGCAGCCGCAGCAACGGCGACACUAACAACAUCGCCAACACAUCAACGACUUCCGCGAGUUUCUCCCCCGCGCAGCUCACCCCGUAUCAGUCAACGGAGGGUGUAGGUUGGGGGUUUGAAUGGGUCGCCGAGGACUUCGCCGCAGCGCAUCAACGGUACUGCGACGGCAGCAGCGUACGGUUCGAAGACGGAGCCGGCAGCCCCGUCAGCGCUCCUUCUGCCUCAGAGAGCCGCGCGAGCGCUGGACACUAUGCCAACGGAAGCCCACUGCUGUCGCGAUGCCGCAACACAUCCCUUUCUGCGGAGAGACUCUCGAACGACGAGUUCAGCGCUUCCGCUGCCGCGCCUCCGCGAGCGCGGCGCUCCAUCAGUGCCAGCAGCUCCGGCAUGCCCGUGCCAUCUUUUCUUAUCCCGCCUUCCUCGUUCUCGAACACGACCUCGUCAGAUCCGCGGCACCCUCACAACCCCGGCGGCGCCCCUCUAGCCUUCCCAACGGCUCCUUCCGUUUCCUUUUCGAGCAGUCUCACUGGCAUGCGAACGCAGUCCACCCUUUCCGCGGAGCGCACCCCAACCAUGCCAUCGUCGAUGGACGCCGCGGCGCUUGAAAUGUCUACCAGCGGGGUGCACACCCCGCACGCCGCGGCGCUGUUUGCGGACCUCCUGGCCGCCAGUACCACCUCCGUCGCCACCGUUGGGUCGCCGCCGCCGCCGGAAAUGGAGGCGGGGAAAGAAGGACAGGACGUUAAGCGGUCCGACUCCUCGGGACACUCCUUUACGCAGUCAAAUGGGGUUCAGCGAAGCGAAGAUGGACCAGUAACUGCGGCAUCGUCACAGGAGCGAAGGACGAUCGGUGCGUCGAGCACAGACGAUACACGUUUGGUGGCCUCGAUGCCUCACGGGGGCAGUUCCGCUGUCGAAGACGGAGACGGAGAUGUCAGGGAGCCGCCUUUGCAGCCGCCACGGCAGUCCACGCAGCUUCAUGGCAACGCGCCGUAUGACCACCGCUGUGAAAGGUGCGAUGAUCGCAAUGGCAGCGAUGGCAGAUCGGAUGCGGACAAGCAGUGCCGAAAAGCGAUAGCGCUCUCGAGUGCACGUGACGGGGCAGAAUCUGAAGCAAUGGAGGACGACGCUUUCGAUGACACGCCCCCGCGGCGUAGUGGUCGUACCUUUUCUCCCGCCCCGGUCAUCUGUACUCACGGGGGCAGACGAGGGGAGGCGUUCAGCAACGACGGCAGCAGUAUCGAGUGCUCAACGACGUUGCCGGCACAGGCGGAGUGGAGUGAGGCCAGCAGCGGCGGGGAGCCGGGGCUGCGCCGCUCGGCGCUCUCUGCGACCUCCUCUUCUUCGCCGCCGCCGACUCGCGAGACGACCGGAGUGCAACACAGAAGUGGGACUCCGACGCCGCUGGAGGACACGGAGAAGGGUGGGACGCGUCCUCGCCCCCGUCACCAUCACCCUUCGAACGACGACGAACCGGGCGAGCCGCGCUGCUCUUCGCCUCCGCUGCCCAAAGAUGAUCGAAUGCGUACUUGCAACUCCUACGGCAACGUUGUGCAUUUUGACAAGCGAUCUGGGGACCAAGAAAGCGCCGCAGCAACAACGACAGUAGAGGAGAAGGCAACACGGAGAAAACAUCCUAUGACUUCAGAUGCGAGCACCGCUGCUGUUGCCAAGGAUGCGUCGCCCGGACAAACGGAGCCAGAAGCUUCUCCACGCACCCACCACGACGUGCAGGACACCGUCGCACUGCUGCCCUGUUUGGCGCAUCUUCCUCCUCCGCUGCCUCCCGCGAAAGCAGCGGCGUCACGCACGCGGCUCUCCGUACCAGGCGCGUUAUCGAAGCCACCGAUGGCCCCCACCUCGCAUCGUCCGCGGCUGGCGACGUCCACACGCCCCCACCCUAUUCUUUUUUUCCCCGCCCCAACAGCGGCGACGUCUGCCUCGAAAGAGGAAAGAAGGCGAGACGUUCCGGCAGCGGCGGGUGAUGCAGAGCGCGGUCACGCCUCUUCGAAAGAAGCAGACUAUUUUGAUGCGGAGGAUGACGGCUGUUGCGGCUACGAAUAUGAUGUGGCGUACAUGGAAGUGUAG